UCCAGGUGCUCCCGGAGACACGCCGAUGGACUGAACCGCUGGACGGAGACACGCAGAGACACAGAGACAUGCAGAGCUGAGCGCAGAGCAGAGACUCUGCAGAACUUGUCCCGGUGUCCUCUCCGUGUCCUCUCCGUGUCUCCCGGCUCGGCUGUUAACGGUUCUUCCGCUGCCCCGGAGCUGGAGCUCUGUUCCCGGGCUUUGAGCUGCGUGUGGAGCCGCUGUCCGGACUUCUUCUCCCGGCAGAGAGUGCGUGAGAACAGUCGGGAAGUUUGUGCGUCGUGCCAUGUGAGGAAUAAAAGUUGUUUUCUGCAGCAGCGCGCGGAACCAGCAGGUUUGGGAUUGGAAAGUGAACAUUUGUAAGCACCUGGAAGUCAAUCAGAGGAGCCAGAGAAGAAGAAGAAGAAGAAGAUUGUGGAAGAAGAGGAAAAACUCAACAAAAUAGCGAAGAUGGGGAGGAAAAAGAUUCAGAUAGCACGGAUUAUGGAUGAACGGAACAGACACGUGACCUUCACCAAGCGUAAGUUCGGCCUGAUGAAGAAGGCGUACGAGCUGAGCGUGCUGUGUGACUGUGAGAUCGCUCUCAUCAUCUUCAACAGCACCAACAAGCUGUUCCAGUACGCCAGCACCGACAUGGACAAGGUCCUGCUGAAAUACACCGAGUACAACGAGCCGCACGAGAGCCGCACCAACGCUGACAUCGUGGACACGCUGCGUAAGAAAGGGUUAAACGGCUGUGACAGCCCCGACAUCGAGGCUGACGACUCUGCGGGUCAGAGCCCCGAGUCAGACGACAAGUACCGCAAAAUCAACGAAGACAUCGACCUGAUGAUCAACAGACAGAGACUCUGUCAGGGUCUGCUGCCCUCUAACUACGACAUGGGCGUGUCCGUCCCGGGCGCUAACCCUGGCGGCCUGCUCUACUCUCACCCCGGCUUAAACUGCGGUUUGGGGAACCACAACCUGCUGCCGGUCUCACACACACACCCGUCCCUGCAGAGGAACAGCAUGUCCCCCCAGAGACCGUCCAGCACCGGGAACGCAGGUCUGAUGGGGUCAGAGCUGCCGAGCACCGUCGUCUCCAGUGUUGGAAACGGCAGCUACAGUAACCACUGCCCGUCCCCCGGGCUGCUGUCUGCAGGCGUCAACAAGAACAUGCAGGACAAGAGUCCUCCGGCCAUGAGCAUGAGCCGCAAGCCGGACCUGCGCACGCUGCUGCCGCCGCCCGCCAACAAGUGCAGCAACAUGCCCACCAUCUGUGAGGACUUUGAUCUCAUGUUGAACCAGAGAAUAAAUCACUCUCAGACUGCUCAGACACUGUCCACUCCUGCUGCGUCCAUCGCUCCCACUCUACCUGGACAGGUGAUGGGCGGGUAUCCGUCCACGCUGUCCUCUUCUUAUGGCACAGAGUUCUCCCUCAGCAGCGACCUGUCCUCUCUGUCCGGGUUCGGAGGUUCUGGUCUGGGAUCAGUAACCAGCUGGCAGCAGCAGCAGAUACAGAACCUGCAGCACUCAGCGCUGGGACACAUGGGGAACUUGUGUCAGAACUCGAACCUGAACAUCUCCUCCGGUCACCAUCCAAACCUGCACAUCAAGUCUGAGCCGGCGUCCCCUCCCAGAGACCGGAACGCCACCAUGAUCAACGCCGGGCUCAUCGGGGGAGGCAUCGGCGGCGGCAUGACCACGGGCGGGUACUCCACCGUGGGCCGGGGUCCCAACGAGGCGGGCCGCUCCCCAGGGGACAGCGCAUCCAGCUGCGGGAGCUCGUACGAAGGCAGCGAGGAGCGCGACGAUCACCACGGCAACUUCCUCCUCCAGCCGCUGUCCAAUCAGGAGGAGCGCCACAGCCCGUCCGUCAAGCGGAUGAGGCUAUCGGAGGGCUGGGCCACAUGAUGGGGGCGGCCUGCAGCCAGAGGGAGGAGGGCCUUAGGAAAGUUACCUUAUAGUGUUAUUAUUAUUAUUAUUAUUAUUAUCAUAUUCUUCUUGUACUGAGUGGGCGUGCUUUAUGUGACGGGGAGGGGGACAGUUUCUAUAAAUACAGCGACGCUCUGCUGUAUUUACAACAUGUACUGUAGACAAGUACACACAGGAAAUACUUCAGGCAAGUAUUUAUCAAACUGCUGACAAGUAUAAAAUAAAAAGUUAUUUAUCAAGAGAUUUCCUUUAACUCACAGUGUCAACAAUCACGUCAGCAGCCAGUCAGAGACAAUGAUUUACUCUGAGUUAAAUUCAAAACAAAUGAUUCUGCUAACAGUGUGAGUGGGUGAUAUGGCCAAAAUAAAUAAAUAAAUACAUUUUACACAGCAUUAGAUUUUUAUCCUCCUGAAAGACAAUGGAAAUAAUUAACCAAAGCCAACAAACACUGCGCAAAUUUGGGGCUUUAUAAAGUUAUUUCACGUAUGACGUUAAAAAGUCAUGUAGUAUAGUUCACCAUUGAAAAUGUCAAAGAUUAAUUUCCCCAACAACUUAGUGGGAUUUCUUUAUGUGAAAAGAACACAGGUAACAUGUUUUAAACUCCCUGUGGUUUUAAUCUAAAUUACAUAUACAGAUAUGCAUCUCAAUAAAUUAGAAUAUCAUGGAAAAGUCCAUUGAAGUCAAAUAGCCCCGACCAAGUAUUGAGGCCAACAUCUCCAUAUUAAACAUACUUUUUAACAUUGG